AUGACCCUAUUCCCCAGUCACCAAAUCCUGCAGCAGAAUUUCUGCAACCCUCUGAACGGUCGUCGUCAAGCUGCGCCUCAGACCAAGGCUACACCAUUCCAAGCGCGCCCCGAGCUAUACGGAGCUUUCUCUGUGACGGACGAUGUGAAGGCCAAGGCCCAGAAGCUGAGCAAGGAAGCUCAGGCCGAAUUCGACAAGGCCAGCAAAGCUGCACAAGCCAAUUCCGGCCACAUUGAGCUCUAUUCUCCCAAGUACUACGCCGCGUGCACGUUCGGUGGUCUCCUUGCUUGUGGCCUUACUCACACCGCCGUAACACCCCUGGAUCUCGUCAAGUGUCGUCGCCAGGUCGACUCAAAGUUGUACAAGGGCAACUUCCAAGCCUGGGGCUUGAUUUACCGAGCAGAUGGUCUUCGAGGUAUCUUCACUGGUUGGAGCCCGACCUUCUUUGGUUACUCUGCCCAGGGCGCCUUCAAGUAUGGAUGGUACGAAUACUUCAAGAAGACCUACUCCGAUGCCGUAGGUCCCGAAAAUGCACACAAGUACAAGACUGGUCUCUACUUGGCUGCUUCGGCCUCCGCCGAAUUCCUCGCUGAUAUCGCCCUCUGCCCCUUCGAAGCUGUCAAGGUCCGCAUGCAGACCACGAUCCCUCCUGCUUACACUGGCAUGUUGAACGGAAUUUCAACCAUCACCGCUGCUGAGGGCAUCGGCGGAUUGUACAAGGGUCUCUACCCGCUUUGGGGCCGCCAAAUUCCGUACACUAUGAUGAAGUUUGCCUCUUUCGAGACCAUUGUCGAAGAGAUCUAUGCACGCCUGCCUGGACAGAAGAGCGACUACAGCAAGCUUACUCAAACUGGUGUCUCCUUCACUGGGGGUUACCUCGCUGGUAUCCUGUGUGCUAUCGUCUCCCACCCCGCCGAUGUCCUGGUCAGCAAGCUCAACGCGAACCGUGGUGCCGGUGAGGGAUUCGGUGCUGCCGUUGCCAGAAACUAUCGCGACAUCGGCUUCAUGGGUCUUUGGAACGGUCUACCCGUCAGAAUUGUCAUGAUUGGCACUCUUACUGGUCUGCAGUGGAUGAUCUACGAUUAUUUCAAGAUCUUCAUGGGUUUCCCCACGACUGGUGGAGCUGCUCCCCCAGCAGAGAAGAAGUAA